GGAGGCGAGCGGAGCGGACGCGGAAGGGGCAACCGGGGGGGGGGCGGGCGAUGGAGUGAGCGGCGCUCCGGGGACUGAGCGAGGAGCCGCGGGGCCGGGUGAGCCGAACGGGCUGCUGCCGCGGCUCCUGUCAGUCCCGCCGGGGUCAGGGACGAGCGAUGGAGCGCAGGCGGCUGGAGACGGCGGGAUCGAGCUCCGCUGCCGCGGGGCCCCUGCCGCUGGACGACGCCGAGCUGGCGCUGGCCGGGAUCAACAUGCUGCUCAACAACGGCUUCAGGGAGUCGGACCAGCUCUUCAAAAAAUACCGGAACAACAGUCCUCUAAUGAGCUUUGGAGCAAGUUUUGUUAGUUUCUUGAAUGCCAUGAUGACCUUUGAAGAUGAAAAAAUGCAGCUGGCUUGUGAUGAUUUAAAAAGCACGGAAAAACUGUGUGAAAGUAAUGAAGCAGGUGUCAUUGAAACAAUUAGGAAUAAAAUUAAAAAGAAUGUUGAUAUGCAGAGGCCCACUGCAUUAGAUGUUGAUCGGCUCCAAAGGCAAAUCAUCAUCGCUGACUGCCAGGUCUAUCUUGCUGUACUUUCCUUUGUGAAGCAGGAACUCUCAGCAUACAUUAAAGGUGGAUGGAUCCUCCGGAAAGCAUGGAAAAUUUAUAAUAAGUGUUACACUGAAAUUGAUGCACUACAGCUAUUGCAUAAAAAAAGGUCUCAAGAAUCACUGAGAUCCGAUCGGGCAAAUGAUAACCAUAUUCCUGCUAUGUCUUUACAUGAAGAGUCACUGAGCAGACUGAAAGGUGCUGUCAGCUUUGGCUAUGGGCUUUUCCAUCUUUGUAUUUCAAUGGUACCUCCCAACCUGCUGAAAAUCAUCAACUUGCUGGGGUUUCCUGGAGACCGCCUGCAGGGAUUAUCUUCUCUAAUGUAUGCAAGUGAAAGUAAGGACAUGAAGGCUCCAUUAGCUACGCUAGCCUUGUUGUGGUACCACACAGUGGUACGUCCUUUCUUUGCUUUGGAUGGCAUGGAUGCCCAAGCUGGCUUGAGAGAAGCAAAGGAAAUCCUGCAGACAAAGGAAGCCAUUUAUCCAGACUCUUCAUUGUUUCUGUUUUUCAAGGGAAGAAUUCAACGAUUGGAGUGUAAAAUUAACAGUGCCUUGAUGUCAUUUCAAACUGCAUUAGAGCUUGCUGUAGAUCAGCGAGAAAUCCAACAUGUGUGUCUGUAUGAGAUAGGUUGGUGUUCCAUGAUAGAAAUGAAUUUCAAGGAUGCCUACAAGUCUUUUGCACGACUUAAAAACGAGUCCAGGUGGUCCCAGUGCUAUUAUGCAUAUUUGACUGCAGUCUGCCAGGGAGCAACAGGUGAGACUGACAAGUCACAAGAAGCAUUUAUAGAAGUCCAGCAGCUUUUCAGAAGGAAGAAUAAUCAAAUAGAGCAGUUUUCCUUCCGAAAGGCUGAAAGGUUUCAGAAGGAGAAGCCCACGAAAGAUUUGUGUGUGCUUGCUGUCAUAGAAGUGCUAUAUUUGUGGAAAGCUCUUGCUAACUGUUCCCCUUCCAAUCUUCAACGAAUGAAUCAAGCUUGCCAGGAAAUGUAUGAGCCAUUAACAAUCGGGUUAAAACACCUACUCCUUGGUGCAAUACACAAGUGUCUAGGAAAUACAGAUGGUGCUAUGCAGUUCUUCCAGUUAGCUGUAAAAGAUGAGCUGAGUCGUCAGAACAAUGCCUACAUACAGCCGUACGCCUGUUAUGAACUGGGAUGUUUAUUGUUAGAGAAUCCAGCGAUGCUGGAUAAAGGCAAAGCUUUGCUCUACCAAGCCAAGGAGGAGUUUGCCGGAUAUGAUUUUGAAAACCGGCUUCAUGUGCGUAUCCAUACCGCUUUAGCGUCAUUGAAAGAAACUGUUCCACAGUGAUGUUUGCCAAACAGGAAUCCUCUUCAGUGCACACAGGAUUGAACUUAAAUCGAUUUCUGCACUUUAUGCUGUUAACAUUCAGCAAAGUGAUCGGCCAGAAUCCAAGAAAGGCUCCAUUAGACCCAAGCAUGUAGAAUAUCUUUGGAUGUGUAAGAACGGUUUCACAGGCAAACGUGAGAUGCAGCAGAUCUGUUGCUUUGUUAUAGAUAGUUAAACAGGAGGCGGCUUAGAGGGUUCCAAGGAGUAUCAAGUGGCCUUGCUUAUUUUAACCCCACUUUGGUAACUGUGUAGUUCAGUUUAAACCUAACUCAAGUAUCUGUACAGUUUAAUGAAGCACAGAGCCCAUUCAUGUCAUUGGCACAGAUUCUAAUGGCCUUGGUUGUGUUAGUAGGUCAGGACUGAAAGCGGAUUCGUGGCUUUUGCCUAUUACAGGUAAAAUUAACAGCCAUAUAGCUAAAAAAACAAUAGCCAUACUUUUUGUUGCACUAAUUUUAUUUAUAUUUUGCUGGGAUUUUAUGCCAUUGUUAUUUUAAAAUGUGUAAAAAUAUUGGUAGCACUUUUUAAUUCCUUUUGUAUUGGACCGACCCAGAGAACACCAGCAGCAAAGGACUUGAGUUCAUUUCUGCUCAGGGUCAUUUGUUAAUUAUGAGUGAAAGAUGCAGUCUUUUUGAAAUGCCUCUAUAAACCUCUGAAACCACUACACCAAGAUGUUAUUUGAUCUUCUGCGUUAGCAUUCUUUUAAAAGUGUCCAGAUACCUCAGUUGUGGAUCAGAUGUAAAUUGUGAAAUUCAUACAUUUUUAAAGGAUAACUCUGGGAAAACAGGGUAAUGAACAAAUGAAACUGCCUUGUAGCAUCUCAGUGUCGAAUUAACUACUUUGUCAUUCGUUUUGUUAUAUUAUGAUAUUGGGUUUGUAUCUAUUGUUACAAACAUCUUACAGGGAGAAAUGAGAUUUUUAUUCUGUAUUAGCUUAUCCUGUUGCCAAGCUAUUUAUGACUAUUACUUGAGAGAUGUGAACCAUUGAAUAAGAACAUGUAACAUAUCACUUGGAUGUAGAUACCACUUGGAAACACCACCAUUGAUUGGUUUCAAAUAUAUUUUUUUAUGAAUUAUUGAAAUAUGAGGCAUGGUUUAACUGCAGAAAAACCUGUGUACAUCAUGCCUGAAUGGCACACAUUUGUGUUUAUGUAUAUAUUGGAAUACCAUGUGUGGAUUGUCCAGCAACUGUGAAUGUUUAGUGCGCCAAGCUUCCCUCUUUCCUGAAACUAUUAACUCCUUACUGCAAUAUCAUUCUACAGGCACUGGUGUUUCUGUACCUUGCCCAAGUGGCCAGUUGGCUUGGCGCAGACCCUAGGAUGUUUCUGUUCAACUGAAACUCCACGGAGAAACUUAACUAAUUGUUGCUGGUUGCAUUGUUUCAUUUUCUUUGAAUUUUCCAGCUGUUGCGCAGAAACAUGUCUUGAUUUCAAAUCUGUUGUCCUGUUUUACUAAGCUGGUGAUUCUAGAAGUUCAGUCCCCUUGUGUACACAAUGUUGUGUAAUUCUCUAUCGUGGCUGGAUUUUUUUGUUUAUUGGUAGAAUAAAAUAACUGACGUUUUUGAUACCUGUUUACUUGGGUAAAGUAACGUAGUGUGAAUCUUACACUGAAGUGUUAACAACAUUUGGUUGUGGCGCACAUAUUGCUCAGGGGAAGGGAAACUAAAGUUAAAAAUUGAAAAUGAACUGAGUCUUGUAACUAACCCAAGAAUUGUGCUAACUAUUGCAUAAAUGGAGGAAAAUUUGUAUUCAAAAGUGACUUAAUUACAGAAUGGACUAGGACUUGUGAAUGAACUUGCCGGGGAACAUAACAAUAGUGUUUUCUGCUUGCUCAUCAUGCCAAGUUACUGUGAUGUUCUUUGAGUCUGAGCACUGAGAACUGGAUUCGUUCAUUGUGUACAUGAGUGGAAAUGUGGAUGACAGAAGCUGUCCCUGUAGUUUUGGCUGUAUGUAGACUGCUGUUACUCACCUGCAUUAAACAAAGUGACCAGA